CAAGUGAGGGCUGUAGACUCUGAGAAUGGAUGGGCAAUGAGAAACAGUGCGAGCGAGAGAGGGACAGUGAGCGUGCGUAUUCUGAGAGUCAGCAGCGAAGGACGCAGAAAGUCCACAAGCUCACAUCACCAAAGGAGAGAACGUGAGGCGGAUCGGACACCCGGCCACUCUGAAGAGUCAAAGACACAGCGCAGAGCCACGGAGGGAGACGGAGAAGAGGAAGAGUACGCGGAAGAGGAGAAGGACAGAAAACAGAAAUCCAGCUUUCUACUGGUUUUGACCUCUCCACUUUCCCCAACCAUGAUGCCCUGGGUGCUCCUGCUCCUGUGGAUCUCCGGACAUAGGGCAGAGGCCAUGUUUUCCCAGCAGCCACAGGACUUGGUGGUGGUGGCAGGCCAGCCGGUGACAUUACCAUGCACAAUCCCAGGAUACCAUGGCAUUGUCCUGUGGAUCAAAGAUGGACUGGCACUGGGAGUUGGCAGAGACCUCUCUGGCUAUCCACGUUACACAGUGAUUGGCGACCAUGGUUCAGGGGAGCAUCAUUUACGCAUCCAGCGUGUCGAGCUGAUGGACGACGCAGUGUUCGAGUGCCAGGCCGUCGAGGCUGCCAUGAGGUCCCGUCCCGCCCGGCUCACCGUGCUGGUUCCCCCGGACGACCCAGUCAUAAGUGGAGGACCUGUGGUCAGCCUGAGGGCUGGAGAUCCUCUAAACCUGACGUGCCACGCUGACAACGCCAAACCUGCGGCCUCCAUUAUCUGGAUCCGCAACGGAGAGGUCCUUAACGGGGCCAUGUACUCCAAGGUAAGCACCGAGACGUUGCUCCGGGAUGGCAGGAGAGAAAGCAUGGUGAGCACCCUCUACCUUUCACCUUCCAACAUUGAGACCGGUCAGCAGAUCAUCUGCAAAGCCUCCAACAAGGCAGUGCCGAACGGCAAGGAGACCAGUGUCACUAUUGACAUCCAGCAUCUCCCACUUGUCAAUCUCUCGGUGGAACCUCAGCCCGUUUUGGAGGGCAACCUUGUGAAAUUCCACUGCUCCGCAAAGGCCAACCCUCCCGUUUCGCUCUACAGGUGGGCCAAAGGAGGAAACAUCCUUAAGGAGGUCUUUGGGGACACCUAUGAGGUUAUUGUGGACCACUCCUUCUUCACAGAACCUGUUUCCUGUGAAGUUACAAACUCCCUCGGCAGCACCAACGUCAGUCGCAAUGUUGAUGUCUACUUUGGGCCUCGUAUGGCUGCAGAGCCUCAGUCCUUGCAAGUUGACCUUGGAUCUGAGGCUGUUUUUAACUGUGCUUGGACAGGAAACCCUUCUCUCACCAUAGUGUGGAUGAAAAGAGGUUCCGGAGUGGUCCUGAGCAACGAGAACCUACUAACUCUGAAAAAUGUGAGGCAAGAAGACGCCGGGAAAUACGUCUGCCGUGCCGUGGUCCCACGUGUCGGAGCCGGGGAGAAGGAGGUCUCUCUUACCGUAAACGGGCCACCUACCAUAUCCAGCACCCAGACUCAGCAGGCUUUACACGGAGAGAAAGGCCAGAUCAAAUGUUUUAUUCGGAGUACACCUCCACCGGACCGCAUUGCUUGGUCAUGGAAAGAAACUGUCCUGGAGUCUGGAACGUCUGGUCGCUACACUGUGGAGACCGUCAACACGGAGGAGGGAGUCAUUUCCACACUGACCAUGAGCAACAUCGUCCCAGCCGACUUUCAGACAAUCUACAACUGCACGGCGUGGAACAGCUUUGGCUCUGAUACAGAGAUCAUACGCCUUAAGGAACAAGGUGGGAGCCAAGAAUCUCUUCCCGUGGCUGUGAUCAUCGGCAUCGCCGUGGGAGCUUUUGUCGCCUUCAUCGUCCUAAUGGGCACCAUCGGCGCAUUCUGCUGCACCCGCUCCCAGAGAAAGGAAGUGCACCUGGUUAUGCCCUCACUGCCCGUCUCCAUCUGUGCUCACCAGAGAGAAGUUGCAAGCAAAAUUAAGACAGAAAAUCUGAAGGGAGUCGUGUCUGCAAAGAACGACAUCCGAGUGGAGAUCGUGCACAAAGACCACAACGCGGCCCGUGAAAACGAAGAACACAAUUCCAUGAAACAACUGAUGGUGAGUGUUGAACGAGGAGAGUUCCAGCAGGAAUCUGUUCUGAAGCAGCUGGAGGUGUUACAAGAGGAGGAGAAGGAGUAUCAGCACAUUAAGGACCCUACAAAUGGCUAUUACAGUGUCAACACCUUCAAGGAGCACCACACCCCUACGAUGACAGGGAAUCAGACCGCCGAGGCGAGGAAUCCCACCAACACCGGUACGCUCGGCAAGCAACGAGUGCCAACAGGGAUGUCCUUCACCAACAUCUACUCCACUCUAGGGGCAGGCCCAAACCGCCUGUACGACUACGGCCAGCGCUUCGUGUUGGGCAUGGGCAGCAGCUCCAUUGAGCUCUGCGAGCGGGAGUUCCAGCGUGGCUCGCUCAGCGACUCCAGCUCUUUCAUUGACACGCAGUGUGACAGCAGCAUCAGCAGCUACAGUAAGCCGGAUGGCUAUGUGCAGUUCGACAAAGACAGCAAGGCAUCUGCCUCUUCCUCUUCCCACUACUCGCAGUCCUCCUCACAGAACUCGGACCUCACCCGGCCCCUCCAGAAGCGCAUGCAGACCCACGUCUGACCUUCAGAGAGGGACGGUGUUUGAAUGAGGAGCAACAAGCAGACAGGAUUGUAAAACUGUUAGAGAUUCCACCUGCAGGAGCCCCUGAGAUACCAGUGUUCGAAGUCUUUCCUACGGAUGCUGAAACAACAACUGGGCCUAAUGCACCUUGUAACUUCUUUAGACAUCAAAAUGUCCCCAAAAAUGAAUCAAGAAGCCUUAUAUUUCCUUUAUGCUAAGAUCAUCGACUCCCCCACCACACCCAUCCAAAAAAAAACAGAUGUGCCACAGAGAGCUUAUUUGCCAACACAGACUCUACACCUUUGGAAUUAGAACUCGCAAUACUUGAUUUAUACAUUCAGAUUGUUAAGGGAUCAGAGAGCAGGAUUUCAAGGCUUUGUGUGACAAUCAGUUCUGCUGGCGUGGACCAAAUUUGCUUUCUGAAGAUUGUUAUACAGAAGAAAAGCGAGCAUUCGGCGCGGCGCUCUGCACCAACUGCCAGACAAUAAGAGAAAGCCAACAGCCUGCUUCCCUCUUGUAGUUUGAAGCACAACAAUGAAUGUGCAUGCUAUGUUCUAUUUGUUAAAGCUAUAACUUUGCAACACUUCUACCUAGCUCCUUCAAACACUUUGUCAGGUUAAGUUGUUGUAGGCGGAGGAAAACCUUCCCAACGUGUCGGCAGACAUCGAACAGAACGCGUGUCCCCCACCAACCCCUUCUGUAUCCGAGCCGCACAGCUAAGCAGAUAAAGAGGAGCUUGUUUUCACUUUGACACUGCGAUAAAGGAAAAUCAGUGUACAUAUGUGACUGAAAUUUAUUUUAUAACAUCUAAUUGUUUGACUCUUAUUUUCCACAUGGAUUAAGCUGAAUUAUUCACGAGCGCCUCUUCAUGACCAUAUCUAUUUUGCCUUGAGGGUCUGUUUGAACUGGGUCAGUGCUAACCUACCAAGUGAGCUACACAAACGCUAUCAGCUUUCCGGCUUAUGUGGAGCUGCGUCCGACAUGGUUUUCCGAUACCAAAUCCAAUUCCGAGGCACAUGAAAGAAGAAAGCUCACAAAUUGCGACAUUUGUCAGUUUCUCCUUCUAAACCUACAGAUCAUCAACAACACUGAUGAAUAAAAGGUAAACCUCACAUUUCAGCUACUUGUCUGAAUAUCGCAUCAUUAUUGUCGGCAUCAAUGUUGAGAGAGGCUUAGUUCAUCCUGACUGUACGUAUACCUACAUGUGAUUAUGCUGGGUGGACACAACAAACAGAUAUACAGACAUUUUUUUGUGUUUGUUUUUCUGCUUUUAUUUUGGCUAUAACGAUAAUGGUGGAAAGCUAAAGCCUGUUUUCCUCUCUUCUGUAUGAGACAUAUUUUAUGCAGUAGCUACCCAAUUACUGAUGUUGUACUCAACUUUCAGCCACUGAAACCCUAACUUUAAACCAAACUCUGAAGUGAACUUGUUGGCAAACCUCAUUAUAAUCAUGCUUUUUAAGGGGCUUUGUGUGAAAAAAAAAACAAGUUGUUGACCAGGGAGUAUUUUUUGAAGUACUGGACCCUGGGAAUUCCAACACCCAAUAAGCCAAAGCUAAUCAUCAAAUCUAUUUCUUUCUAACCAGAUCUAACACAAUCAACUUUGUUGUUUACUGUGGUGUUAAAGCAGACUGCAUAAGGUGUCAUGCAUGAUGCCUUGCAAAAGGAUUCACCCCACUUUAAAAAAUUAUUCAUGUUUCUUUCACUUAAAAACUAUUGGUUUCAAUGUAUUUCAUUGGGAUUUUAUGUGAUAAACCAUAAUAAAGUAGAUAUAAAUGUGGAACUGAAGAUAAAGAACACAUAGUUUGCAUAGUUUCCUACAACUAAAAUUGCAGGGGAAAAAAUGUGGCUUGCAUUUGUAUUCAGCCUCUCUCAGUCAAUAUUUUGAGAACUGUCUGUACCUCAGUUAUAGUUUCAACCUGAUUUAGGUCUAGACGUCUACUGAACCAUUCUAAUGCAUUAAUUUGCUUUUAUUUAAAUCACUCUGUUGCAACUCUGGCUAUGUGUCCUGUCAUCUUGCUAAAAGGUCAACUUCUUUUAUUUUUUCCAGAAUCAUCCUAUAGUUAGCUCCAUCCAUCUUCCUAUCAAUUCUGACAAAAUUCUGUUUUCCUGCUGAAGAAAAUCCUCUUCAAAUGGUGACGCUGCCAACAUAUUCUUCUGUGGCGAUAGUGUAUUCAGCGUGAUGUCCAGUUUUUGUUUUCCUUUUUGCAUAUAGGCCAGAAAGUUCAGCUUUGGUGUCAUCUUAGCAGAGCACCUUCUUCUACAGUGCUAUUAAAACACAGACUGGAAGAGUCUAUUUUCUGAACAGCUGAUUUCUGAAGGCAAUUGAUGGCAAGGGAUUUUUUAUUAAGGGGUGUAAAGAGGACUGAAUAUAAAUAGAAAAUAUAAACAAAAAAUUAAAAAAUCUUUUCAUUGUUUUAUGCACAAAAACCUCUGGAAACUAUUUCCUUUAUUACUCCACUUCACAGUUAUGUAUUGUUUUGACCUAUAAUAAAAAAGCCCAAUAAAGUACAACAAAGGUAGUUUUUUAUAAUGAGACAAUAAGUUCAAGGGGUAUGAAUAUUUUACAAGACGCUGUGUAUUGUGCAGUACAUCACAUCUGAUGCAAACAUACAAGCUCUUCCUGUUUCCCUGCACUUGAGAGGUUUGCUCUGGUUUUACUUUAAUACAUUUGUUUUAAUUCUCCCUGUAUUCUAAGAGAUAAACUCCUAGAAUUCCAGGAACAACAAAAACCAUCAUAUGACUAAAACGCUUUUGCAGGAUAUAUUCUCUGUAAAAAAAACAAAAUGCGGCAAAUACUACUACAGAAUAUAAAUGGGGUUCAGGAAUGUCUUAUCUAAUCAAGUUUAUUCUGUACUUAGCUUGUCUUGCUGCAGUCAGUUCAGUGGGAUGAUCCUGUGUGAGUCUGAAACUUCCAAAUUAUGAACCACGAAGCACUGUUUUUGAGCAGACGCAAGUUCUUAUUGUAAGCACUUUACACAUGAUCAUAUCCAAGGUAUUUGAAUGAGGUUUUUCCACUUGAGUGGCAGUAGUUUGGACUAAUUUUACAAAUGGAUUGGUGCCCAUUGUAUGGCUUAGGAGGAAAAGCUCUGUUUCAAUGCUGAUAAUCCUGCUCGGUACUUAGCAGACUGUAUAUAAAUCGCUAAUACUGUCUUUCUCUGUAUAUAUAUUUAUAUAUAGAUAUAUAAAUAUAUUCUUUUUUUUAUCUUAUUUUUUUCCUGGCUUUUCUUUUCUAUUUCACUCAGAUUUCUCUACAGCACAUUAGAGCUCAACAAACAUAUGGCAUGAAAAUGGCACAGUGAGACAAUAAUUUUCUCUUUGUUUCCUUUCCAAAAAUUUCAUCAAAUCACACUGUCCACUCAGAGGAGCAGUUUUCUCCUUCGGAAAGAUCUCAGCCGGCAGACCCCACACUCUGUGCACUGACCACACAUGAGGUUAUAAAAUGAGUUUAGCCAUGGACCUCUUUAAAGUGAGCUCUAGUAAGAGGUUAUUAGGCUGGCAGCCCUGGAGAGAAAUGUCCAGAUGCUUAUCAUUCAGCACCAUGAUAACUGUCAAGUAUGUCUGUGUAAUUUAAAUUUUUUAGCAAAUUUUUAGCUAUUCAUUCUUUUCAGUACUUAGCAGUACAAGAUUGUUUUGUUUUUGUCUUUUUUUUGUUGUUGCUUUUUAUCUCAAAAUUAGUAGUUGCAAUUAAAAGGGUUGCUCAGCAGAAUGGAUUUUGAUUUUAGUGUCUUCUAGGUCUGGAUAAGUGUCAAACCGAGUAGGGACACAUAUUUGUAUUUCCAAACAUUAUUCCCAGCCAUUGUCUAAAUGUCACCCAUCUAUCUAAUUCCCGUUGUGUUUUUUGCAGUUUCUAAAGCCAAUUUCUUUUUAUCAAACUUAAAAUAAAAUUGGCAAGGAUUUAUGUGAAACGUCAGGAAAUUUGAGUCUGAAAACGUAUGAAAUCUUCACCAGAAGAAGGUAAAGAAACAAUAAAAUACAGUAACUAUUGUGAUCUAUAUAUCUAGCUAGACAUACGUGGCUUUCAUCUAUAUUAUCUGCAUAUGUUUUGAAGUCUUUUAUCACACAAGUGUACUAAAUCUGUCGGAGCCCAGAUUUCUAGCAACUUUCUGCCCAAGAAUGGGACAACUUUGCUGUCCUCUAUGAACUACAGCUUCUGCGCUGAUCCAAACCUAAUACAUUUUCACAGUCCAACGAAUCUGCACGCUGCACAGCAAACAGAUAAAUAUUUGAUAGGCCUGCCUUCUGUCUCAUUCACCCCCAAAUGGCAACCGCUAUGGUGGGCAUGGGAGUACUACAGCAAUCGAAUGCCAUGUUGUUCCCUUGAAAUCGAAGCCCAUGUUGGGGAACUACGUGUGCCCCAUUCACCUGUGAAUAGCUCACUGGCUGGUGCUGGCGCCGGCUGUUUGCCUGGCUGUGAGCGGCACACAGAUGCCAGGACAUAACAGAUGAUUAAACACAGAGACCCGGAACAAUUACAAGGGGUUGCUGCCCUUUCGUGAUAAAACAGGACAAACCUCUCAGAGCGUAUGGAUGCAGGGUAGUCCAUUAUUCAGGUAUGCUAAGGAGAAGCCUCUAAUAACUCUUUUAAAGUGGAAGUCUGAGCUCAUUACGCUGCAAAGUGAAACGUGUUAACUGCACUACAUAGUCCAAAUAAACUACACACAAAGCAAAACGAAAUAUAGAGCAUUACCACGACAAAAAUCUUUCCAUUGAUUGGAAACCAAAUCUCAUCGUCUAAUCUCUCUCUCUGUGUAUGAUGAGUGUUAAUGUCAGUGCUGGAGCCCAUUAGAGCAGGUGCCAUUUGAGACAUCAAACUGAUCUUCAUAAGCCUUUUUUGAACUCUGUAAAUUCUUUCUGUCUUUUUCUCUCCCUCUUUUUCCUACAAAUCAAUACUGUGUUAUUACUGUUAGAAAAUACAAGCUUAAGACUGACACUAAAAUUGUAUCUUCAGUUAAUCCUUGGAUUUUUUUUUUUUGUUUUAGCCUCAGACCACCCUGGUAAUGAGUUGGGUUUGGGUUGAAAUGUGAAAGGGUCACAGAAAAAGCCUCUGAAAAGCAAGUCAAAUGAGUCCAGUUCUCUGCGAUUGGUUCAGGUGAUUUGCUGUCCUGAUGAUGACAAGAGGUGUCAUUUGUUACACUACACAAGGUUAGGUGAAGUACCCACGGUCAUGGUAAAAAGACAGUGGGACCUCUUUCAGUUCUAAGGUUGUAACUUCUGAUCGGGUCUUAACUUGGUUCUGAAAGUAUUUAGAGCUAGACUGAAGUGUACCCAAAUUCCAUCAUUUUAUUGUUUUUUUUUUAUAUCAUUGUCAUAUGUUAUUUAUUAAACAAAAAUAAAGCCAAAAUAUGAAGGUGAAAAUCUAUGUACCCAAGGUAUGUACAUAACACAUUAAACCCUAUAAUUUAAAGGGUAUGAACAUUCUUCUUACCAUGAAUAUACUUUAUAGCAGUGGUGGUUUUUGAUGUGGGAAGCAUGGCUUACCUCCAUAGGUGGCAUUGUUUUUGGGAAUGACACAGGUGAUCAAAGUUAAAAGGUUGUGUCCCUUGAGCACCAGAAGAGUUUUCUGGCUCUUAUUCCAUGUUCAAGUCAAUCAGGACUGAGACACCCUGUACUGAGUUUUUUAAAAAAAAGCAAGCACAGUGAAAUACUGUGGGUCACUAAUGACAAAUUAGGAAGUGCUUUGCGGCAACAACUUGAUCUCUAAAUCGAAUGGCUUUUUUGGUGUUUUGUAAGGAUUGUAGUCCGUUUUGGACAAUCUCUCAGAAAAAAAUGUAAAAAUGACUGGACUAAAUUGUUCUACACUAGAUUACAAUGAACAGCAAUUCUUUAAAACAGAGUGUUCGAUUCAUGACAACUUUAUUCUGAUUUUGAAUUCACAAAAAAGACCUGAGGAUGAUGUGGGGCGGUAGAGAAAGAUGGACUCGUCAAUUCAACCAAGAAUCACAACUGCUUUAGAGGGUAGUUUCAGAAAAUGUAUAAAUAACCAUUCACGUACAAUAACUUUGAUAAGACGACAACCUGUAAAUGCUUUUGGGUCAACCAUUAUUUCUAGGCAGUGGCUGUCAUCUAUCUGUAAAAAGAAAAUAAAUUGAAAAACGGUUGUAUUUUAACUGUACUGUUCUGUGACUCCUUGAUGCUUUUGCUCUGUAUAUUUGGAAAUAAAACUGAUGUUUGAGUUUGUG